CUCUCCGGACGGGACCGUACCGCACUUCUCGGCGCCGUCCGUCCUCGCCCGGCCUCGGUAAGCCGUCGGAGCUUCGGUGACCGGCACGGCCGAAGCAGCGCAACCCGCUCCGCCGGCUCCGGCCCCGGCCCCCGCGGCGGGCGGUCCCGCGGGCGGUAGGAUGGCCGCUAAACCGGCCGAGCUGCUGGGCGUCUGCUCCAGCUACCAAGCGGUGAUGCCCCACUUCGUGUGCGUGGCUGAGGAGUUCCCCCCGCCGCCCGCCCGCCCCGCCAAGACCCCCAAAGGCAAGCUGCGGCGGCCGCGGCAGUCGCGCUUCAAGACGCAGCCGGUGACUUUCGACGAGAUCCAGGAGGUGGAGGAGGAGGGGGUGUCCCCCAUGGAGGAGGAGAAGGCCAAAAAAUCCUUCCUGCAGUCGCUGGAGUGCCUGCGGCGGAGCACCCAGAACCUCAGCCUCCAGCGGGACCGCCUCGGCAGCUGCCGGCUCCGCAACAGCCUCGACUCCAGCGACUCGGACUCGGCCCUCUGAGGGCGGCGGGACCCGGUCCGACCCGGCGGCAGCGGCACGGACUGGGCUCCGCUGCAGGGAACCGGCCCCGCCCGCCGGCCGGGGAUCGCCCCGGGGCGGGCAGCCGGGUCGGGGUCGGGAUGUUUUCUAAGAAAGCGCUUGUACCUUCGUUUCUAUUUGAUUGUAUGAAACUCUCCCGUUUAAAAGACGAACGCGCGCGAAAAAAAAAAAAAAAAUCUUUUCUAUUCGUUAGGAGAAAUGAGCUGGCUUAGAUGCAUCGAGCUGCUGGACUUUAUAUUUAUUUUUGCAUUUAAACUGUUGACUGCAUUAAUUUAAUAUGUUUCUACCUGAAUGUCUGUUAUUAUUUCCAUAAAAGAGUAAUAAAAUCUGAUAUAUUUGCACAGUA